GGAGGGCUGCAGGCAUGCGAGGUCCAGAAGUCUUGCCCGAGACCCCUCUUUUUCCCGCCGAGCCACCCCCGUGGGAACUGGCGUACUUUCCUGCUCCGAGCCUUGGUUUACUCUCCUGUCUGGAGUUGAGCAUCUGUAGGGUACGGGAGAUAGUAAGAGAAAGCCCACCCUGGUCCUUCAGUGCGCCACAGCCUAGAACCGGGGACGGAGCACAAAAGGAAUUUUGUGAGAAUCAAGUUAAUACAUGGAGAAAAUGCCUUCUAAAUUCUGACACACUCCGUGAAGAUGCCUGCUCUUUACCAUCAGUAGCCAGCCUGGAGAGAUUUUCAGAAUGGCUGCAGCUCCUCAAGCUCCAGGAAGGGGCUCUGUUCGGAAGACAAGACCUUUAACAGUAAAGACAUCGUUGAAUAACCCAUACACUGUCUGCUGGAGCGCGCUAGACAGAGAAGACAUGCACUUCAUACUACAGACCCUUGAAGACAGAUUUAAAUCUCUUGGGCUUCAGAAGAUAGAGGAUAAGAAGAAAAAGAAAAAGCAGUUUUUAAAAAAACAAAGCCCAGACAAAUGUAGCACAGAGGUUGGUAUGAGUGAGGAGCUGAAGGAGAAACACCCAGAAGAUAACGAGCAGGGGUCAGGCUGGACUCCUGUCUCUGUCAGGAAGCAGCUGGCCAUUGGCGUUAAUGAAGUUACCAGAGCUCUGGAAAGAAACGGGCUGCUGCUGGUACUCGUGUGUAAGUCAGCCAAGCCUGCGCUCAUCACCUCACACCUGAUUCAGUUAAGUCUGAGCAGAUCUGUUCCUGCUUGUCAGGUUCCCCGUCUCAGCGAGACACUCGCACCGGUCAUUGGCUUAAAAUGUGUCCUGGCCCUGGGGUUCAGAAAGGACACCACUGCCUUUAUUGAUGAAGUCAAAGCCAUAAUUCCCCGAGUACCCAGUCUACACGUACCAUGGCUCCAAGGCAGACCGGAAGAGUCCAUGGAAAAUUUAGACACUGCAUCUUUGGAAAGCCAAGACAAAGAAAUUUUGGAGACUUCCUUUGAAGACCUCUCUAAACAUAAAAGGAAGCCUGUUGAAGGUCAGCAGGCUAUAGUGUUACAACCCCUUAAAAUAAAGAAAGUGAUUCCAAACCCCAAUAAGAUAAGGAAACCACCCAAAGGUAAAAAAACUUCAAAGUAAUUUUAUCUAAACUUGUCAUAUCACAGAGCUGUAAAAUGACGCUUUGUAAAGAAGCCUUGAAGCUAAUUAAAUGUGUUAUUUUUACAUAUA